GCCCUCUCACGCGGGUGUCGCGCUGCGGAGAGCCUGGCUGGCCACCCCGAAGGGCUCGCGGUGACUGGUGGCGCUUGCUGCUCUCUGCGUCCCAGCUCACUGCGCCUCGGGUGGGCAGGCGCAGCUGUCCCGCUCACCCUGAGCGCAGCAGCUCCUGGGCUCCCCUCGGCUCCCGUGGGCCCGGAGACGCCCCCUGUCCCUGUCCCUGUCCCUGUCCCUGUUCCUGUCCCUGUCCCUGUCCUCCGCCCCCCUCGGUAGCCGCACCAGCGGGAGCCGCAGGAGGAGGAGGCGGCGCCGCGGGGACUGUCUCCUCCCCGCCCCUCGCGUCUCCUCCCCGCGCCACCGAGAAGGACAAGGGGACUGGGCACAGGGACCCCGGCCAGUGAGCUGCCUGUGUUCCGGGACCGCCCCUCCCUCGCGCUCUUUCGCUGCGAGCCCGGGCCGGUGUCGCCGCGCAUGGUGCUGGCAGCAGCCAUGAGCCAGGACGCGGAUCCCAGCGGUCCGGAGCAACCCGACAGAGAUGCCUGCGUUGCGCCUGGUGUUCAGGGGGCCCCCGCGACCCAGGGCCAGCGAGGGAUGCAGCCCCUGCCGCCACCGCCACCGCCGCAGCCUCAAGCCAGCCUGCCCCAGAUCAUCCAAAAUGCCGCCAAGCUCCUGGACAAGAGCCCCUUCUCAGUCAGUAACCAGAACCCUCUGCUCCCUUCGCCAGCCAGCCUCCAGCUGGCCCAGCUACAGGCCCAGCUCACCCUCCAUCGGCUGAAGCUGGCACAGACGGCCGUCACCAGCAACACUGCAGCCGCCACGGUCCUGAAUCAAGUCCUCUCCAAAGUGGCCAUGUCCCAGCCUCUCUUCAGCCAGCUGAGGCACCCUUCUGUGCUCAGCACCCCGCAUGGCCCCGCUGGAGUUUCCCAACAUGCCGCCACCAUACCCAGUACCCGGUUUCCUUCCAGUGCAAUUGCCUUUUCGCCUCCCAGCCAGGCACGAGGCCCAGGACCGUCUGUGAGCCUCCCCAGUCAGCCCCCCAAUGCUGUGGUGGUGCAUCCCUUCAGUGGGGUGAUGCCCCAGACCACUGCCCAGCCAGCAGUCAUCCUGGGCAUUGGGAAGACUGGGCCCGCACCAGCCAGUGCAGGGUUCUACGAGUAUGGCAAAGCCAACCCUAGCCAGGCCUACGGUUCCGAAACGGAGGGCCAGCCUGGCUACUUGCCAGCCUCCGCGUCGGCCGCAGCAUCAGGUAGCGUGACCUAUGAAGGGCACUACAGCCACGCGGGACAGGAUGGCCAAGAUGCCUUUGCUAAAGACUUCUACGGACCCGGUGCCCAAGGUUCACACGCAGCUGGUGGAUUUCCAGCUGAACAGGCUGCGGGUAUGAAAGGGGAGGUUGGUGGGCUGUUGCAAGGUGCAAACAGUCAGUGGGAGAGCCCCCCUGGAUUCUCCGGCCCAAGCAAGCCUGAUAUUGCAGCAGGACCCAACUUGUGGCCUCCACCUGCCAGCCAACCCUACGAGUUGUAUGAUCCCGAGGAGCCUACCGCAGACAGGACCCCUCCUGCCUUUGGAGUUCGGCUUAACAACAGCAAGCAGGGGUUCGGCUGCCCCCUGAGGAGGGCCAAGGAGGAGCAGGCCUUGCUGUCCCUGCGGCCUCUGCAGGCUCACGAGUUGAAUGACUUCCACGGUGUGGCUCCGCUCCACCUGCCACACAUCUGCAGCAUCUGUGACAAGAAGGUGUUUGACUUGAAGGACUGGGAGCUGCACGUGAAAGGGAAGCUGCAUGCCCAGAAAUGCCUGCUCUUCUCUGAAAGUGCUGGCCUCCGGUGUAUACUUGCUUCAGCAGAGGGGACACUGUGUGCCUCCCCAAACAGCACAGCUGGUUAUAACCCCACUGGAAAUGAGGAUUAUGCCUCAAAUCUUGGGACACCGUAUGCUGCCACUCCAAGGACCUUUGCUCAAUCCAACCCCACAUUUCCUUCGGCUUCCUCGGGGACGAGUUUGGCACAGAGGAAAGGCGCUGGCCGGGUCGUGCACAUCUGCAAUCUCCCCGAGGGCAGCUGCACGGAGAAUGACGUCAUUAACCUGGGGCUGCCCUUUGGCAAGGUCACUAAUUACAUCCUCAUGAAGUCAACCAAUCAGGCUUUUUUAGAGAUGGCUUACACGGAAGCUGCCCAGGCUAUGGUCCAGUACUACCAAGAAAAGUCGGCUGUGAUCAAUGGUGAGAAGUUACUCAUCCGGAUGUCCAAGAGAUACAAGGAGUUGCAGCUGAAGAAACCUGGGAAAAAUGUGGCUGCCAUCAUCCAGGACAUCCAUUCCCAGAGGGAGAGGGACAUGUUCCGAGAAGCCGACAGAUACGGAUCGGAGCGGCCCCGUUCUCGAAGUCCAGUGAGCCGGUCGCUUUCCCCCAGAUCCCACACUCCAAGCUUCACUUCCUGCAGCUCUUCCCACAGUCCGCCAGGCCCUUCUCGGGCUGACUGGGGCAAUGGCCGGGACUCCUGGGAGCACUCUCCCUAUGCAAGGAGGGAAGACGACCGAGAGCCUGUCCCCUGGAGGGAGAAUGGGGAAGACAAGAGGGAUAGGACAGACAUUUGGGCACAUGACCGGAAACACUACCCCAGGCAGCUGGACAAAGCUGAGUUGGACGAGCGACUUGAAGGAGGAAGGGGCCACCGGGAAAAGCACCUGAGGUCAGGGUCCCCCGGCCCACUGCAUCCUUUGUCCAGCUACAAAGGGCGGGAAGAUGCCUACUAUCGGAAGGAACCCAAAGCCAAGCUGGACAAAUACCCAAAGCAGGAAGUACCAGGAAGGCCCAGGAGGAAAGAGGAGGCCAGGCCUCGGGAAACGAGACACCCUUACCCAGAGGACCAGGGCAGGGACGACGAGCUGGAGCCCAAGAUCACUAAGGCCCCCGAGGGCGCCAAGUCCAAGCAGGGUGAGAAAAGUAAAACCAAGAGACCCGACAGAGACCAAGAAGGAGCUGGUGAUAAAAAAGAAAGCAGAAUGGCAGAGAACGAGGCUGGAACUGAGGAACAGGAUGGCAUGGAGGAAGGCCCUCUACCAGCUGGCGGACAGCAGGAAGGGGUAGACUCCUCUGACCCAGAAAACACAAGGACGAAGAAGGAGCAAGACUGGGAGAGCGGAAGUGAGGCCGAGGGGGACAGCUGGUACCCCACAAACAUGGAGGAGCUGGUCACCGUGGACGAAGUGGGGGAAGAGGAUUUUAUCAUGGAACCGGACAUCCCGGAGCUGGAAGAAAUUACGCCCAUUGUCCAGAAAGACAAAACUCUCCCCGAAAUACGUCCCUGUGCGACAGCCACCUUAGGUUUGGACUUGGCCAAAGAUUUCACCCAUCAGGGGGAGACCAUCGGGAACGGGGAUGCAGAAAUCAUCCACACGCUGCCCAGACAACUGCCGUCUACUUCCACAAGCUGUCCCAAUGACACGGACGUGGAGAUGCCUGGCCUAAAUCUGGACGCUGAGCGGAAGCCAGCUGAAUGCGCGACAGGCCUCUCGCUGGAGGUCUCAGAUUGCUAUGAGAAGGAGGCCAGAGGAGCAGAGGGUUCAGAUGUGUGUCUGGCCCCUGCAGCCCAGCAAAUGUCUUCCCUCCAGCCAGCAGAUGAGAGGGCCCGGCAGUCCAGCCCUUUUCUCGAUGACACCAAGGCCAGGGGGUCCCCUGAAGAUGGGGCUCACGAAGUCAGCCCCCUGGAAGACAAAGCCAGCCCCACUACUGAAAGCGACCUCCAAGGCCAGGCCUGCCAAGGUGCACUCACCGAGGAAAACUCCAGGUACAUGGAAAUGAAACCUCUGGGUGUGAGAUCACCAGAAUUCACCGGAGCGGAGCUGAAAGAGCCCCUCUCUUUGCCAUCCUGGGAGCCGGAGGAUGUGUUCAGUGAGCUUAGCAUUCCUCUAGGAGUGGAGUUCGUGGUUCCCAGGACUGGCUUUUACUGCAAGCUGUGUGGCCUGUUCUACACGAGCGAGGAGGCAGCCAAAGUGAGCCACUGUCGCAGCACGGUCCACUACAGAAACUUACAGAAGUACUUGUCCCAGCUGGCGGAGGAAGGCCUGAAGGAAACGGAGGGGGCAAGCAGUCCGAGUCCUGAGGGCAGCGGGAUCGCGCCACACUUGGAGAGGAGGAAACUCUGACUCUGCUGCUGCCACGGCCACUGUCUCUGGAGGUGGAUGGGAAGCCUGCUGAACUCGGGCCAGUCAGUCCUCGGGGACAGAAGUGAGACCAGAGGAGAGCCAGGCAGGACAUGGUGCUUUGGCUUGUUCCCGGAGACAAGCAAAACACCCUGGUGUCUCCAGGAGCCAACUCCUGAGUCCAGCCCACCAAGGGCGACCAGCUUCCUGUGGGCUGUUUCUUUUAGCUUUGCUUUCCUUUCUUCCUCUCAUCUCUUCUGUGCCAAAGUUCAUUUCCUUCUCAUAAAGCCCAACGUCUCAGGGAUUGUCACUGUGUUCACAGUUUUGAUUGGUUAUGGUAGGUCAGUCAAGCGAGGCUGGGUCACACAAGGAAAGUGUUUGACAGAAGCCCUGAAUUUAGAGCCACUUCAGUGAACCUGAGGUGGUCUUGCAAUCUGGCUUCUGUGUGUCCCAAGGGAGCUGAGUCAGGUUCCACAGGCUUGAGAGAGGUCACCCGUGAACCAGUUGGCAGAGGUAGAAGCAUUCAUUACGAAGCCCUCCAGCAGACCCUACCGUUUUGAGAAGCCUGCUUCUCUUUCUCAGUGUUUGGCUAGUGCUGGGAACUGAGCCCAGGACACUGUUUAUCAUAAACAAGUGCUCUACCACUGAGCUGUAUGCCUAGCCCAAAAGCCGAGGGUUUUGUUUUGAGGCUGACUCUCAUGUAGUCUAGGGAUUGCCUUGUUGGGUGGUCUUGAACUCCUGGUCCUCCAGCCUCUACCUCUUGAGUGCUGUGAUUAUAGGCAUCGUGGUGCUGAGGCUUCCAGCAAAGAGGCAAACACUCUACCAACUGAGCUACAAGCACAGCCCUAACACCCCUAUUUUUUCAGAAAGUCAUUCAACCUCAGUUAUUCUAGAAAACCACCAGGCUAAUGCCUUAAAGUGAAAUCAUGUUAAUUCUCUGGAGCCAAGAAUUCGACAUUGUAGAAGCUCCAAUAGAUCCAAUCCAAAACUCUUCUUGAUUUAAGGGUGGGUCUGGAUUUGUUUUAGUCAGGACAGUGAUGUUGGUAUAGAUUGACUAGAUUUGAGGUCAGCCACAUCUUCACCCAACAGCUAAAGGAGGAAUUGGUGUGGGCCCAGGGGGCAUGCUGACCUCUGCAAUGAAUUGGGCUGAGUCAGGAUCAAGGAACUGGCAUCUGACCUUGAUUCACCCUUGGUGCCUCUACUGUGGGGAGAAACCAAAACAUGUGAUUUUCUGGGGACUUUUAGGUGGGAAUGGAGGGACAGCUUAUGCUGAUCUCGAUGCUAAAAUGCUAGGAAGAAGAAAUCCCUGAUUCUCAAUGGGAUCCGCACCCCCAUCUCAUGUGUGCUGAAGGGUCUUAGUGGAUGGUCUUGGGACAAGGGUACUAGAAGACAUUAGCUUCACUUGAGCUGUAGAUUGGACCCAAGUUUCAGAGAAAGCCUGGUGCCAUCUCUACAAGUAGACACACCUCCCUGAAGGCACCCUCCAUGUGCGUGGUUUGCCUGUGUAAGUUGCCUGUUCAUGUUCCUAGGUCAAGGCAAGUAGACCGGGCAGGAGUCAUGUCUUGCCCCCCCACCCCGCCUUAUAUUGCCAUUCUGUACUCUGCACAAAUCAAAGAGGAAUGGACAAAUGAUCUAGUUCAACACCAACAUUUUAUCAGUGAGGAAACUGAGGCACAGAAAGGAAAUGAAUGCAGAUCCUAAAAUGGCCAUGUGUAAACCUUGAGGCCUAUGAUUCCUGGCUAGGAGAGAACUUUUGGAACCUAUGAAAGAGAAAUUAAGGCAAAGAUAAGAGGGAGACAGGCCAGUCUGGAAAGGAGCGUGGGAAGUUGGGGCUUUAGGAAGGUGGUACUCAAAGAGUAAGACUAAAUAGUGUGUCUCAGUCUCCACCAUUCCCCUGGUGGACUCCACAGGCAGUAACCCAGCAUUGUGGUCAGCACACUGUGGCCAUCACAUUGUGGUCAGCACACCGUGGUCAACACUCUGUGGUCAGCACACCGUGGCCAUCACACUGUGGUCAGCACACCGUGGUCAACACACUGUGGCCAUCAGCAAAGUCUCUUCCGUUUCUCAGAAAACUUUUGACUUCUGGGAACAGCUGUAGCCCACAUCCCUAAAUCCAUUACCAACUCCAUCAGAGGCUAUACCUGUACAUUAUCAGAGGCUGGACACUUUAUCUUCCAGCAGAGUGAGACAGACCUCGCCAACACCACUGGCCCCUAUGCUAGCAGCAUUUCUAUGGAAAUCCACAUGGCCUGGUUCUGAGCACUAAGAUGGCUCCCUCGAUUUAAAUUAAGCUUCCUAUGAACAUUCUGGGGAAAGUCCUCCAGAGGGAGGACACAAAGUCAGUCUCUACUUUCAGUCACAACCUUCAGUUUAAAGUCAUGGGUGAUUCUAUAUUUGUGUGUUUAUAUAUGCAUAUGUAUUUAUUUUUAUAAAACUCCAUUGGCAUGGUCCUUGUACUUUUCAAUUUCUAUGUGUGUUACAUGCAAUGCGGUGUCAAAGACAACCAGGGAAAUAUUGAUUUCUUUUUUAAAACUUCUACUCAGUGUUUCGCCAAUCAUUUCAAAAUGUCUCUCCCCAAGGUCACUCAUGAACAGCUGCUACCUUGCACAGAAGUUUCCUUUGCACCCUGAGUGGAUGUAUGGAAGGCCUGUUCUCCUGUGCUUGCUGUGAGCACCUGGUGGUAUCCAGGUUGCACUCCCAGGGGCCGGGGAAGACUUGUUGAUAUGAGCAGCAGCCAUUAGUGUUCAGGGUUCCCAUUCUUGGACAGUCCGAGGCGGUGAUCUGUAAGAUUAUACUUGAACUGGACCAGAGAUUGUUUUGUGAGUUUUCGAGAAAAAACAGAACUACUAGUUACUUUGAGUUUGAACUCAUAAAAUAUUAGAAUUUUUUGAGUGUCUUAUAUAAAUUGUCAUCAUUGUUUCUGAUCUGUAUAACUGACCUAAAGUGUUUGUUUUUACAAAAGGAAACAUGGUUUUUAAUAAAGAGAAUUUGAAAGCUUCUGA